AUGGCAGCAGGAGCUGCUCUGCGCCUCUGCCUCCUGCUGGCUGCGCAGCUGAGCUGCGUCUCCCAGCUGUGGAUCCCGCAGCCGGACGCGCGGCUCAGCGUGGAGGAUUUGCCCCGACGUCCCGCGGUGGCCCCCGGAAAGAAGGCCCCUGAGUUCAUGGUGGAUCUCUUUAACACGGUGUCGGUGUCCGGUGGGAAUCCCAAAACCCAGAAAGAGAUUUUACAUGGAAACAUAGUGCGGAGUUUUGAGGAUAAAGGUCACCCUGGAGAGAGGUUUCACUUCUUCAACUUAUCUUCUUUCGACAAAGAAGAGAGGAUGAUCAAAGCAGAGUUCCGCUGGUUUAGAAAGAAACAAAAGUUUUUCCUCGGGAAGUCGCACUUCUUUCACUUCUACAAGGUGGACGUAUUUGAGGUGCCUGACAGCCGAGAUGAGCCACAGAUUGGAAACCUCGUCACCUCCAGACGUGUUCCUCUGUACACUCAAGGAUGGGAAGUCUUCAAUGUCACUCAAAUAGUGUCAAGGUGGAUCCAGAACAACCAGAGCAAUGGGAUCCUUGUUGUGACUUCAAAUCCUUUUGGGAGCUGGCCGGACUCGUCUCAGCAGAGCAAAGAUGAGCCGGACAGAAACGCCUACCUGGUCAUAUUUUCAGAUGACGGAAGGAGUGGAGCGUCACACCAGCCGUUCUUGGGUAUGAUCGGGAGAACUGUGUCGGUGUUGGAUGCUCCUGUGUGCCAGACUGUGAUGUUUCAACAUGCUCUCUCAACAGGAGGAGCGGAACCCACCGCAGCAGCCCGGCUCAGCCCUCAGGACCGCCGCAGCAGAAGGCGACGUUCGUCCUCGGGUUUCUCGUCCAGCAGGGCGUCCCGGCCCUGCCAGCGGGUUCCCCUCUACGUCGACUUCGACGAGAUCGGCUGGUCGGGCUGGAUCAUCUCCCCCCGCGGCUACAACGCCAACCACUGCCGGGGCUCCUGCCCGUUCCCGCUGGGCGGCGGCCUCGCCGCCACCAACCACGCCACCGUGCUCUCCAUCAUGCACGCGCUCCGGCUGUCGGGCGACGCGGUGGAGCCGCCCUGCUGCGUGCCUGACAGACUGGAGUCUAUCAGCCUGCUGUAUUUCGAUGACGACGAGAACGUGGUUCUCAAGCAGUACGAUGACAUGGUGGCGGUGAGCUGCAGCUGCCAGUGA